AUUUAAAAACAGACUUUAAAAACAGUUAAUGGGCUGGUCUUCUCAUUGCUGCUGUGGGAUUCUGAGUUCAGUGUCUAGGGGAAAAGUAUGGAAUAGAAGUUUGUGAAAGCUGUGGAAAUACAGGAAAAGUAAUAACUGUAUUACAAGAUCCUGAGAGAAGAUACCGAGAUAUUCAUGAGUGAAAUGACAUGAAAUUUAUCAAAAGGCUGCUGAGGACUUUGGGACCACCAAACUAUUGAUUUUCUCUUCCCUUUGCUCCACUCAGUAACUGCAUAGGCACAAACAUAUCUGGAGCACAUGCAAAAAGCGAAAUAAGAACUGAGAUUCACUUAGAUGCACAGAGGCGUCGUCAUUUUGAACAAAACAUCACCAACAAUUGAAAACAGUCACACAAUAUCUGUAGUUCAAUGAUGGAGCCAAAUCAACCUUUGAAUAAGACAGUGGAGGCACAACCGUCAAAGAAAAGGAAGAGCAGAUGCUGCAGUAGAUUCAAGAUGUUCUUGAUGGCCCUCUCAUUCAGCUUUAUUGCUAAGGCAUUCGGUGGAGCCAUUAUGAAAAGUUCCAUCACCCAAAUAGAAAGGAGAUUUGACUUAUCGUCCUCUGUUGUUGGCCUAAUUGAUGGAAGCUUUGAAAUUGGAAAUUUGCUUGUGAUUAUAUUUGUGAGUUACUUUGGAUCCAAACUACACAGACCAAGGAUAAUUGGAAUUGGUUGCCUCAUUAUGGGUACUGGAAGCAUUGUGACUGCUCUACCACAUUUCUUCAUGGGAUAUUACAGAUAUUCUAAAGAAGCCUACAUUAAUCCAUCAGAGAAUUCAAUACCAAGCUUAUCGACCUGUUUAAUUAAUCAAAGUGUGUUACUCAAUAAAACAUCACCUGAGAGAGAGGAAAAGGGUUGGGAAAAUGAAUCUGAUACAUAUAUAUGGAUAGUUGUCUUGAUGGGUAAUUUGCUUCGUGGAGUCGGGGAAACUCCCAUACAACCCUUGGGGAUCUCUUACUUGGAUGAUUUUGCUAAAGACAGAAAUUCUUCUUUUUAUUUAGGUGUUUUAUUUGCAAUAGCAAUGAUUGGUCCAGUCCUCAGCUUUACACUGGGAUCUCUGUUUGCUAAAAUAUACGUGGAUGUUGGAUAUGUAGAUCUGAGCAGUAUAAGAAUAACUCCUAAGGACUCUCGUUGGGUUGGUGCUUGGUGGCUUGGUUUCCUUUUUGCUGGACUAUUAUCCAUUAUUUCUUCCAUACCAUUUUUUUUCUUGCCCAAAAAUCUGGAUAAGCUACCGAAAGAAAGGAAAGCUUCAGCAUCUUUGCAUAUGCUCAAAAUAAAUGAGGAAAGGAGUCAGGUGGCUAGUCCAACCAAGCACAGGAAAAAUGUGACUGGAAAUAUAACCAGUUUUCUCCAGUCCUUAAAGAGUAUCCUUACCAAUCACUUAUAUAUUUUGGUUUUGUUUAUGACAUUGAUGCAAUCCAGUGCCUAUAUUGGUAUUAUUACUUAUAUCCUCAAAUACAUGGAACAACAGUAUGAUAAGUCAGCAUCUGAAUCUAACUUUUGGACGGGAACUGUAGCCAUUCCAUCUGUUGCAGUUGGAAUGUUUACAGGAGGAUAUAUCAUUAAAAAAUUCAAAUUUACCUUGCUUGGAGUUGCCAAAUAUUUACUUUGUAUCAAUAUUUUGAGCACCACAAUAACCCUAUUAAAUCUUGCACUCUUCUGUGAAAGCAAGUCAGUUGCCGGCCUAACCUUGACCUAUGAUGGAAAUAAUUCAGUGGCAACUCACAUAAAUGUACCACUUUCUUAUUGCAACUCAAACUGCAAUUGUGAUAAAAACCAGUGGGAACCAGUCUGUGGGGACAAUGGAUUAACUUACAUGUCACCUUGUCUAGCAGGAUGUAAAUCCUCAAGUGGCAACAAAAAGACUAUAGUAUUUUAUAACUGUAGUUGUGUGGCAACAACUGGUUUCCAGAACAAAAAUAACUCAGUAAAAUUAGGUGCAUGUCCAAAAGAUGAUCAGUGUAUACAAAAAUUUUAUAUUUAUAUAGUAUUACAAAUCCUGAAUCCUCUUGUGUCAUCACUGGGAGUCACCUCAUCUAUCAUCCUGGUUUUUAGAAAUGUUCAACCUGAACUGAAAUCACUUGCAGUGGGUUUCCAUACAUUCAUUAUACGAACACUAGGAGGAAUUCUAGCACCUAUAUAUUUUGGAGCUCUAAUUGAUAGAGCAUGUAUAAAGUGGUCCAUCAACAGCCAGGGGAAGCAAGGUUCUUGUAGGAUGUAUAAUUCCAAUUUAUAUGGCAUAAUACUCUCCAGGUCCAUCCAUGUUAUUGUGAAAGGUAAGAUUUCCUUACUUUUUUAUUGCCAUGUAGUAGUCCAUUGUGUAAAUGUAUCACAGGUUUUUUUAUGCACUCAUCUACUGAUAGGUACUUGGGCUGUUUCUAGAUCUUGGCUAUGGUUAAUAAUUCUUCUGUGAACAUAGGGCUCAUAUAUUCUUUUGAAUCUGUGUCUCAGGUCUCUUAGAAUAUAUUCCCAGAGAGGAAUCACUGAGUCAAAAAGCAGUUCCAUGUUUAAUUUUUUGAGGAAACUCAAUUCUGUUCUCCACAGUGGCUGACAGCGUCAGAGGGGACGGGGCAGGUGCUGGAUGAGAGAAGGUGAAGGGAUUAACCAAAGAGCAUAUAUGUAUGACCCAUAAACAUAGACAACAGUGUGAUGACAGCCUAAAGGAAGGGGUGGCAAGGGCUGGGUGGAAGAGGGCAAAGGGGGAAGAAAUGGAGACAUCUGUAAUAGUGUAAACAAUAAAAAUAAAGUUUAAAAAAAAUAAAAUGUGAAGAGAAAAAAAGAAAUUAUCAGGCUAAAAAAAAAGAUAGAAACUGAAAUGCACAUUGAUUGACGUGAGAGAAGGCAAUGUGAGUAAGCCACGUACGUUAUAAUUCCAACCAUACGAUCAUCCUAAAGUCUACACCAUCCAGCACACUGGGAAUAACUACCCCUCUAUUACCGUAUGCACUUCGGAGCUCGGUCACCACCCUCACC